AAAAUUACCGAAAUUUUAGAAAUUUAUCAAUUAAAAUACAAACACUCUUAAGUUUUAAUAAUAAUGUCUUGGUUAUUGGGUAGAAAUAGGCCUCAACAGCCCCAAGAAAUGGCUGGUGCUGAAGGCGGUGAUCCUGAGGGUAAAACAGCCGGAGAUCGUUCCGGUGAUGCUCAAUUGUCCAAAGCCGAACGCAAGGCCAUGGAAGCAUAUCGUUUCGAUUCUUCAGCCUUAGAAAGAGCCGCCGAUGCUGCCCGUACUUUGGAAAAGUCAAAACAUGCCCGUGAAGCUUUAGAAUUGUCUAAGGCCCAGGAAAUAACACGCCAACAGGAAUACCAACAAAAAGUAAAAGAGUAUGAGGCUCACAUCGAACAAGCCAAGGUGGAACAAAAACGCAUUGAUCAUGAGGAGAGAAGAAAAACUUUAAUUGAAGAGACCAAACAACAACAGCAACGUGCCCAGUAUCAAGAUCAAUUGUCGCGUAAACGUUAUGAAGAUCAAUUGUCCCAGCAACAGCGUGUUCAAGAGGAAAACUUGAGAAAACAAGAGGAAAGUGUGGCUCGCCAGGAAGCUAUGCGCCGCCAAACUAUUGAACAUGAAAUUGAAAUGAAAGAAAAGAAUCGUUUGAAACUAUUGGAACAUGAAAUGCGUGUCAAGGCCAAAGUUGAUCGUGAAAAUCGUGAUAUUAAUUUGGAGCAAAUUCGCUUAAGAGCCCAAGAGCAACGUACCACCGUUAUGGAAGGCAUCAAAACUGCUGGUUCCGUUAUUGGUGCCGGUAUGGAGGCUAUGCUUACCGAUUGGGACAAGGUACUAACCGCUGCUGGUGGUCUAUCUCUCUUGGCCUUGGGUGUUUAUGCCGCCAAGGGUGCUACCGGUGUUACAUCACGCUAUGUCGAGUCACGCAUUGGCAAGCCAACUUUGGUGGGUGAAACCUCACGUUUUGCCAUGCUCGAUGCCGUCAGACAUCCCGUCAAAUUCAUUAAGAAACUGAAAUCGAAACCUGCCGAUGCUUUACAAGGCGUUGUACUCAAUCCCAAAUUGGAGGAACGUUUACGUGAUGUAGCCAUUGCCACGAAAAAUACACGCAUUAACAGAGGCAUGUAUCGUAAUGUUUUGAUGCACGGUCCCCCUGGUACCGGUAAGACUAUGUUCGCCAAAAAGUUGGCCGAACACUCCGGUAUGGACUACGCCAUUAUGACUGGUGGUGAUGUAGCACCCAUGGGCAAAGAAGCUGUUACAGCUAUACAUAAAGUUUUCGAUUGGUCACAGACCAGUCGUCGUGGUCUUUUGCUGUUUGUUGAUGAAGCUGAUGCGUUCUUGCGCAAACGUUCAUCGGAACAUAUAUCAGAAGAUUUGCGUGCCGCUUUGAAUGCUUUCUUGUACAGAACCUCUGAACAAAAUUCUAAAUUCAUGUUGGUAUUGGCUUCGAAUACACCCGAACAGUUUGAUUAUGCCAUCAACGAUCGUUUGGAUGAAAUGGUCGAGUUCACAUUGCCCGGUCUGGAGGAACGUGAACGUUUGUUGCGUUUGUACUUUGAUAAAUACGUUUUGCAGCCAGCUGCUGAGGGUGCCAAACGCUUUAAAUUGGAACAAUUCGAUUAUGGUGCCACUUGUACAAAAAUGGCUAAAAUCUGUGCUGGCAUGUCUGGUCGUGAAAUUUCCAAAUUGGGUGUAUCCUGGCAGGCCGCUGUCUAUGCUUCCGAAGAUGGUGUUUUAACCGAAAAGAUGGUGUUAGACAAGGCCGAAGCUGCUGCCACUCAACACAAACAAAAGAUGGCCUGGUUAUCGGAACAAGAACGUUUGGAUCACAAAUCUAUCACCGGUGGCAAAGGGGAAUAAGCUGCUGCUAGCUUAAACUAGGUGUAGUAAAAACUGCAGGUUACUAUUUACUAAACAAACAUUUUCCUUAUAUAAGUGUAUAUGUAAACAUAACACUGCUGGUCGUAAUUAAGUUUUAAGUUAAGGAACAAAAAUCAUGUCCCCUCACCCCCCAAAAAAACUUUUUAAAAGUUCUUCAUAACCAAACAAUUUAACACUCAUACAAAGAAAAAAGCAAAGCUUUCUUAUUGUUGAACUCAGGCUUUAAAUUCACAACAACAACAAAAAAAUAAGUCCAACUGCCAAUGCCAACAGAUUCAGGGAAAUUGUUUAAUUUAAGAUUUUUUAUUACUGCCUUUAAAUUAUAACGAUUUUCCCUAAAUUAUUUAAAUUUUUUUUGGCCCAUAAACAAAUCAUUUAAAUUUUAUGUUGUAUAUGAAUAGCAUGUAAAUAAUAUAUAGAUAUUCUUAAGAUUUAUAUUACCAGUUUAAGAAUCUUUAUUAUUGCUGAAAUUUCGUAACUAUUAUACACACCAGUCGUGUAUUUAAAGAGAAUUUAUCCAUAUAAAGAAAGCUUUGUUUAAGUUAAAGUAGCAAAAACGAAAGACUUUAUGUUGUUAAUGACUGCUGGUAAACAAAUUUAAAAAGAAACUGCAUUUUUGUCUAUCCCAUACUUUAGUUCGGACUUUGUGUAUAUAAAGAAAUUUAUAUUAAACUUCUUACGCAUGUUUGAAUUUUGGUAGGGUUUUUUGUUUUAUAUGGCCUUUUUUAGCUUUAAAACCAAGUGAUUUUUUCUGUUGUUUUUAUAUAUAUAUAUAAAAUAAAUGUAAAAUUUUUAUUUUAUCCAAUUUUUUUGUGUUUAUUAUUAUUUUUGUAUUUUGAUUUAGUAGUAGUAAUAUGUUGUACGGAUUUGAGAAAGAAACUGUUAAAAUAAUAAAGAAAUUUAAGAAUGAAAUUGAAAA